AUGUCAGGAAAUACGAGGAUCAGUCCAAGUUGGGAGGGGCUGCUCGUAUCCCCCCUUAAGAUUGGAAGUAUUGGUUUGGCCCAGUUUGACACACACACACAGACAGACACACAGCUGCGUUCCGCUGCAGCUGAGCGGCCGGCCACAGGCCGAGUCUUUAGUCUCUCUCUCUUCUCUUGCGGUGGUCUUGAGGACAGAUACGGAUCCAUCAGGGACCCUCAGGUGUCUCCUGCCUCACAGCAGAAACACACACACGCUCUCUCUCAGAGUCUGAGACUCAGACGCACACACACACACACACACACACGGAGAGUGAUGGAGUCCAGCAGCGGGCGCUUCUCUCUCCUCGCGCCGCACGCAGCGCUCUUCCUGCGGCCGGAGGACAGGAGUUUCCCGCGCAGCCCGAAGUGCGCGCGCUGCAGGAAUCACGGGGUGGUCUCGGCUCUAAAGGGUCACAAACGCUUCUGCCGUUGGCGCGACUGCGCGUGCGUCAAGUGCGCGUUGAUCGCGGAGAGGCAGCGCGUGAUGGCGGCGCAGGUGGCGCUUCGGAGGCAGCAGGCGCAGGAGGAGCUGCAGAUGAUGUACCCCGGAGCAGGAGCGAGUGAGGGCGGCAGGAGCGUCUCCAGAGCACCGCUGAGCUCCGCGUUUGACGCCUUCGCUCCGGACGCGUUCAGAGACGAGAAAAGCCUGAACAAGUGCAGUGUGUUGAGCGGACUGAUGAAUCAGGCUUGGUUCAGACCACACACACCUGCGCUGACCCCUGCGUCAGACAAGAGCGACCGCGGGUCUCCGGGAUCCGAUCAUCAGUCGGUGAGCUCCUCCGAUCUGGAGUCCGGCAGUGAGUCAGAGAAACCCAAAGAAGAGCUUCCCAUCAGGAGCGGACGAGACCCCGGCGCUGUCCUGAUGAAGAUCUUCCCUCACCUCAAACCAGACGCUCUGGAGGCGGCGCUGAAGACCAGUUCGGGGGACGUGGUGAGGGCCAUCGACCUGCUGCUGGGUUCUCCGGAGGGACAGAUCUCAAACGGAGACGUUGUCCCGCUGUCGGAGAACCUCCCCGUCUCACGGUCGUCUGCCGUCUGCGUCUCAGAAGCUCCACGAAGACACUUGAGCUCCACGUCUGCGUUCUCUCCCCUCCACGCUUCCUCCAGCUGCUUCAGUGACGGCGUGCUGGGGUUUAACCCUCGCUUUGCCAUCGCUCCGCUGCGGCUCGCCUAUUCCACACCCAGCUUCAUUCCUCCGUAUCUGGCGUCUGGAUUUGUCCCGGCGAUGUCCCUGCGUCCCCCGGCAGACUAUCCCUUCCCCGGAGCGCUGUCUCACCCCAGAGACUCGUUCAGCCCCGCAGUGUUUUACUCCAGCCUCGGCCACGACAAAUGAUCUCUUCUUCAUUAAACUACAGCGUACAACAGUAUCAGGGCUUGAGAUGACAUUUAGUGCACUAGCAGCUCAUGGAAGUCAAUCCAGGUUUAUACAUAUAUACUUUUAUACAGAUUUGUUUGUAAAAUGUUGUAUAGUUUUAUGCAUAUUUGAAAAAGUUUGUUAAUAAAUCUUAGUAAGGAAAAGAAAGCUAUAAAUCAACCCCAUUUUAAGUCAAAUCUAUGCAAGGUUUCAUCUGUGAGAAACAGUUUCAAAGUGGACUGGUGAAAUAAAACCACUAUAAAUCAAUAAAUCUGUCUGAUCUGUAAACACAUUAACAUUAUUAGAUAUAAUGAAACAUCUGCAGUGUAUGAACAUGAAUAGAUUUUGGAUGUUUUAGCAUUAGCACGGAUGAUUCGGAUGCUGUUGAUGUAAAUGCUUUAAUGUAAAGUGAUGAUUCAGUAACAGAUGAUGUGUCGUAG